CCUCGUUUUCAUAAUACGCACAGAAAAAAAUAAAGAAUUCGAAAAAAAAAACGCGGAGAGGAGGAGGAAGAAGAGAUUGGAACGAUGUCGUGGCAAACCUACGUUGAUGAGCAUUUGAUGUGCGAUGUCGGCGACGGCCAGGGCCACCACCCCCCCCCCGCCGCAAUCGUCGGCCAUGACGGCAGCGUCUGGGCUCAGAGCGCUAACUUCCCUCAGUUCAAAGCUGACGAAAUCACUGGCAUCACGAAAGAUUUCGACGAGCCGGGUCACCUCGCCCCUUCAGGUUUAUUCCUCGGAGGCACAAAGUACAUGGUCAUCCAGGGCGAGCCUGGGGCUGUUAUCCGUGGCAAGAAGGGAUCCGGAGGAAUCACGAUAAAGAAAACGGGACAAGCUCUGGUGUUCGGAGUAUACGAAGAGCCAGUGACUCCGGGACAGUGCAACAUGGUGGUCGAGAGGUUGGGUGAUUACCUCAUCGAACAGGGCCUUUAGAAAAAACCCUCCCUCCAAAAAAAUGUUUCUAGAGUCAUCCCUCUCCCCUGAUCAUAAUAACCACAAACCCGUCUGGAGAUUGAUGAGUUCAGAUACUCAUCAACUCAAGAUUGAGUGUUCUGUUCUCUCGUGCUCGGCUUUUGUUGAUUUAAUUUUUUUUUUUUGCCUCUUGUCUCUUUUAUUACACACACACACAGACACACACUCGUAUUGUUCUGAUUUAAUUCUGUCAUAUAUUUCUUUUUUCUUUAUUGUGCAUUUAGAGUGUGAUUCUUUGCAUGUAUGCUCAUGUGUCUACUUGUUCUUAAUUUCUUAUCUGAGUUUCUGCUUGUUCUAAACCCUAAUAGAUUUUGGGUACUUGAA